GGCUCUUAGGACCCUCGGUCCGUUCUGUCAAUAAGGAGGGGGGGCUUACCAGAAGCCUCAGUGCCGAAGAGGCGCUGUUGUCGCGAAGGAGGCACCGGAGUUAACGGAGGACUUGUUAGACAUCUGUGAUCCGGGAAGUGAACCGGGCAGGGACCCCAUGAAUGGAAAUCGGAACUUCAGGAGCCGUUGGGCCCCAGGCCCUGUUCUCCAUGCCGCAGCGGCCUGGCUAUGGCACCAUGGGGAAGCCAAUCAAGCUGCUGGCCAACUGCUUCCAGGUGGAGAUCCCAAAGAUGGAUGUCUACCUCUACGAGGUGGACAUCAAGCCUGACAAGUGCCCCCGACGAGUCAACAGGGAGGUGGUUGAUUCCAUGGUGCAGCACUUCAAGGUGACAAUCUUUGGAGAUCGGAGGCCAGUCUAUGAUGGAAAGAGGAGUCUGUACACAGCCAACCCACUGCCUGUGGCACCCACGGGGGUGGACCUUGAUGUCACUCUUCCAGGUGAAGGAGGAAAAGAUCGGCCCUUCAAAGUUUCCAUUAAGUUUGUGUCUCUGGUCAGUUGGCACAUGCUUCACGAAGUACUGACUGGCCGGAGCAUGCCUGAGCCCCUUGAGCUGGACAAGCCCAUCAGCACCAACCCCGUACACGCUGUGGAUGUUGUUCUGCGACAUCUGCCAUCCAUGAAAUACACUCCAGUGGGUCGCUCCUUCUUCUCGGCGCCAGAGGGCUAUGACCAUCCUCUGGGAGGCGGGAGGGAGGUAUGGUUUGGUUUCCAUCAGUCUGUGCGGCCUGCUAUGUGGAAGAUGAUGCUCAACAUUGAUGUCUCUGCCACAGCCUUUUACAAAGCCCAGCCAGUUAUCCAGUUCAUGUGUGAAGUGCUGGAUAUCCACAACAUCGACGAGCAACCUCGCCCUCUCACAGACUCUCACCGGGUCAAAUUCACCAAAGAAAUAAAAGGAUUGAAGGUGGAGGUGACACACUGUGGAACCAUGCGCAGAAAGUACCGUGUUUGCAAUGUGACCCGGCGGCCUGCUAGCCAUCAAACGUUCCCUCUGCAGUUGGAGAACGGUCAGACUGUAGAACGUACUGUUGCUCAGUACUUCAGGGAAAAGUACAACCUACAACUCAAGUAUCCACACCUGCCCUGUCUACAAGUGGGCCAGGAGCAAAAGCACACCUACCUGCCUCUAGAGGUGUGUAACAUAGUAGCCGGUCAACGGUGCAUUAAGAAGCUGACAGAUAAUCAGACGUCCACAAUGAUUAAAGCCACAGCUCGCUCUGCACCCGACAGACAAGAGGAAAUCAGCCGGCUGGUGCGCAGUGCCAACUACGAGGCAGACCCUUUUGUGCAGGAAUUUCAGUUCCGAGUGCGCGACGAGAUGGCCCAUGUCACGGGGCGAGUGCUACCCGCCCCCAUGCUGCAGUACGGCGGCAGGGUGAGCACAGAGCUCUUUAUGAACCGCACCGUAGCCACGCCCAGCCAUGGGGUGUGGGACAUGAGGGGAAAGCAGUUUCACACCGGGGUGGAGAUCAAGAUGUGGGCCAUUGCCUGCUUCGCCACACAGAGGCAGUGUCGGGAAGAAAUUCUCAAGGGUUUCACAGACCAGCUGCGCAAAAUCUCAAAGGAUGCUGGGAUGCCCAUCCAAGGCCAGCCCUGUUUCUGUAAAUACGCCCAGGGUGCAGACAGCGUGGAACCAAUGUUCAGACAUCUGAAGAACACAUACGCUGGACUACAGCUUAUCAUUGUCAUCUUACCUGGAAAGACUCCAGUCUACGCGGAGGUGAAGCGUGUGGGAGACACUCUUCUUGGCAUGGCCACCCAGUGUGUUCAGGUGAAGAACGUGGUGAAGACGUCACCUCAGACCCUCUCCAACCUCUGCCUCAAGAUCAAUGUGAAGCUGGGAGGCAUAAACAACAUUCUGGUGCCUCAUCAGCGACCAUCAGUGUUUCAACAGCCAGUGAUCUUUUUGGGGGCAGACGUCACACAUCCACCAGCUGGAGAUGGAAAAAAGCCUUCCAUUGCAGCGGUGGUUGGCAGCAUGGAUGCUCAUCCCAGCAGAUACUGUGCCACUGUGCGUGUCCAAAGACCCAGACAAGAGGUCAUCCAGGAUUUGGCCUCUAUGGUGCGCGAGCUGCUCAUCCAGUUCUACAAGUCAACCCGCUACAAGCCGACCAGGAUCAUUUUCUACAGAGAUGGAGUUUCAGAAGGCCAGUUCAGACAGGUGCUGUAUUAUGAGCUGCUGGCCAUCCGUGAGGCCUGCAUCAGUCUGGAGAAGGAAUACCAGCCAGGCAUCACCUACAUUGUUGUGCAAAAACGCCACCAUACCCGCCUCUUCUGUGCCGAUCGCAAUGAGAGAGUUGGGCGCAGUGGAAACAUUCCUGCUGGUACCACUGUGGAUACGGAUAUUACGCAUCCUUAUGAGUUUGACUUUUACCUCUGCAGCCACGCUGGAAUACAGGGCACCAGUCGGCCCUCCCACUACCAUGUACUGUGGGAUGACAAUUGUUUUACCGCUGAUGAGUUCCAGCUGCUAACCUAUCAGUUGUGCCACACCUAUGUGCGCUGCACCCGCUCAGUCUCCAUCCCUGCACCCGCCUACUAUGCUCACCUGGUGGCUUUCCGGGCCCGUUACCAUCUGGUGGACAAAGAACAUGACAGCGCUGAAGGCAGCCACGUGUCGGGUCAGAGUAACGGUCGGGACCCGCAGGCACUGGCCAAAGCUGUCCAGAUUCACCACGACACCCUGAGGACCAUGUACUUCGCCUGAGCAAACAGCUCUCUGCAGCCAUUGCCCCCCCCCCAUCACACCCAAACACACACUCUCAGCCUGGUUUGCCAGUCAAGGAGUCCUCGCAGGUGCAUGUCCCACCCCCCAAAAUGCCUAGUCAAUCCGGACCUGACACUGUGCAGAAGAAAACAGGGAGGAGGGAGGGGAGGAGGCACCCCCACACUGGACUGAGGACCCAAACGCUGCUUUAAAAACAAACAAACAAAACUCAGCACUAUUAUGCAAUAUUAAACCAGCCAACUAUUUUAUUUCCACCCUUUUUAGGCCCCUUUAACGCCCCUCAGAUCAGUUCUUUUCUGUUUUUCUUUUACUUGUGACCCCAUGGGUGUUUUUUAUUCUUUCUUCUUGUUACUUUUCCCCUUCUUUGACGAUCUUUCCCAGCAGCCUCCUUUUUUUUAAAUUAAUGUUUUACUGCAUCUGGUACCUCAUGUCAGUUGGAGCAGCAGCACUUUUACAUUCUGUCAGAAAUACUGUUUGAUUUUUAUUUUAUUUUCUCCCAGGGUCUGAUAAAAGAGAUGUUAAGGCAUUUGGUGUUUAGUUUCACACUUUAGGUCCUCCAACUUGCUAUUUUAUUCUGUUUUUUUGAUUUAUCACUAGUCAUGAAUUUAGGUCUGGAGCCACGUGUUCUUUUGAGCACACUGCCACCUGCUGGCUCUGACUUGUAAAUGACUCUUUUAAUGUUUAACUUUUAAAAACCCCUUUGGACCAGAUGCCCCAUCUGGGUGUUGCAGCUCCUGUGUUUAGAGGGGCUCAGGUCUGAGUGGGUUUACAGCCUCUCCUCACAUUUAACCAGUUCCUAUUAGCUGAUAAAAAUCCCUUGCUAAGUUGGAGUCGCACUAUUAAUUUAAAUUUGAAUUUGGACAUGUCAGCCAUUUUUAUUUUACUUUUAAUGUUUGAUAUCAUUUUUAUUCUUCAGUGAUGUAAGACAAUGGUUUUGAAUUUGGCUGACAACAUUCAUUAAUUCCCCUCAAUGCUUUUCCCUUUUUUGUUUGAGAUGGUGGGUUAGGAAGGUCGUGCGGAGGGUUUCCUUUAGUGCAAUAAGUUGAAUGAAGGGAAGAGGAUUUUAUGGGGCUUUUAUGACUCAAAAAGAGAGUUACACAUUUCAUCUGGGAAUGGGUGAAUUGUAAAAGAUAAAGUCUCUUCCUGAAAGGCUCUCUUGCCUCAAUGAGACACAAAAACCUUGUUUUCUGAGUUUACCAUGGCUGUUUGUUUAGGCCAAAACGGUGCAACUUUAAUUUAGAUUCUUUUUUAAGGUAAGCAGAAGACGUUUAGUGCCCCCUUACUUAAGUGAUAUGAUCAAUGCUGAUCAUCAGUUUACUUGACUGGUAGCUUUUCCUUCUAACAACGGCAAAGUUGGGGAUAAAGGCCAUAAAGAGGUAGUAUUCAAGUGCCUGGAAGCAAAGUUUUGCUGUCAAAAUCGGUAGAACUUGUCGGAGAUUUCAUUUCAGUUGGGUAACGUGAUCAAAACGUAUAUUUUUCAUCGAAUGCACUGCAAACAGCCGUUUAAAGCGAGAAAGUUUCACCUGAUGCCUCUUCUCAAUAAUCGCCUGACCUUCAAUGCGUCUCCUUCAGAUCAGCUUCUGUUAGUCUCCAAAGCAGUCUAGCUGCUCUCUUCUGAACCCUUGCCUGGCUUUAAGUUUGUUUUCUGCUUUACCUUCAAUAGACCUGAACCCUGCUGCUGAGCUACAAUGCGGGGUCCAUGGGCACGGAGGCGUCCUGUUUCUUUUAAGCAGAAAUGGCAAGCUGGAUCUCCUGCCCAUGAGACCAUCUGCAAAAAUCCCAGCUGAGGAGUCCAGUAGACAUUUGCAGCAGACGUGCUGUUGGCGUAAAGUCUUUUACGUGGAUCGCGGUCACCACAAAGCCCUUUUAGGCCUCGACCUGAAACUUGUUGAGUGUUUUUUUUUUCUUCUUGUUUUUAAGGUUAUCUGCACUAAAAGAAGCAUGUGUUUCCAGGCUGAACACAGGCAUGGUGCUACUUUGAGUAAGAACCUGAGCCUCUAUGUUUGAGUCUCUGAGCAUGGAGUUUAGUCAAAGGAGAAGAUAAACAGUAAACCUCACUAACUGAAGGACAGUAGAAGGUAAUUCUGCUAAGGUUCGUGCAAAGAUUUCUGCUUUUGUUUGCGGUUAAAUCGGCGUUUAGAGCUUGUGAAUGGUACAUUGGCAGACGAUCCCUUGAGCAGUGAGGUGUAACAUAAGCUUCUGCCUCUGCUGUUGUACUGACAGCCUUCCAGUGUGGAGGCCAGUGGGUUUGAGCCUUUAUUAAGUCACUAGUAUCUAAAAAGCCUUUUUAAAAAAGCCAGAUUGAAAGUAUAUUUGUACAUUUUAAAUUAUGUAAUGCACACCACUUAUUUUUGCUAACAAAAAAAGUAGUCUAAUUAUUAAUCUUAGUAAUAAAUGUAUCGAUAAGUAAUGGUUUAAAAAAAUAACGAAGUUUUAUUAUUACAAUGGACUGACCUGUUUCUAUGUCGCUGUAAAGUGUGUAGUUUGUGUGAACAGUGGUGCAGUCGUUGAAACUAGUGACGUGUGUUUGGACUGUUAUACUGUUAUCGAUGGGGAUGUGGAUUUCAACACCUCAUGCUUUCAUGUUUGGAAAAAUCUUGUGAGAUGCUGAAUGCUUAUUUCUCUGCUCUUUCGUAAGUUGGAGGCUUGUCAGAAAGGAGACCACGUUGGCAUGAAAACCUUUUGAAUGAAGUCUUCAUUAACUUGUUUGACGUCAGGAGCAGAGCCGGUUGUUCUGCCGACAUAAGACUCUUGAAUGUUCUGUUUUCCAUGGUGCUGAUGCCUGCUCCUUUUUUUAUUUUUAUUUUUUAAUGAGGUAGAGCGGAAACGACAAGUAGUUUUUGAAAGCUUCUGAGAUCCAUUCAAAGGUUAAGGAAUAAUGCAACAACAAGCAGCAGUUCUCCAUUCCUUUGUGCUAAAUCCUGAGUGGAUUUGCUUCAAAUUGUGACAUUUUUUGCCUUUUUUUUCUGACCAGUUUCCUUAUUUGAGCUUCCUCCUGAGCAUCCAAAUCCAGGGAGUUGGCCUGCCGUAAAUCUGCAGUGUGUCAAAGCCUGUAAUCUUACUUUUGGCCCCAAACCCUUCCUCCCCUGUGCCAGAGGACUACAUUCCAUGGCUGUACAAUCUUUAUCCGCCUCUGAGGUGUUGGAAAGGUUAAGAUCCGGAGGAUCAUUAUUUAUUGGGCUCUCGGACUCAUUCAUGCAUGUUUGGAGGGAUUUGAAGCUGAUCAGUGGAAGCUCUCUUAGGCAGGUUAUUUGGUUGCAGAUUGAAAAUCUAGAGCUUUGCUGUCUGAAAUGGAUGUUCAGGUUGUGUGAUUUACAUGUGGAGCAGCGGGGAGGGGGCAGUUAAACACAUGUUUACAUACCAGAUGUGUUUGCUGGGCACACAUUUAAAAUGUCAUCAGCUUUGCAAACAUGAGCUGGUAGUGAGCUAACAUCCACUUGACCAUUGUAGGACCUAAUGAAGUCAGCAGAUGUGUUUGGCAGGAGCAGGAAGCUGUUUUUUUCCCCGUUCUAUAAAAUUACAAACUAAUUUAGACUUUUAAUUAUGACAUCAUGUCAGAUUCUCCUGAGGUAGUCUCCAUUUUUAUUGGAAUAAGAUGUUUUUCAUUUGCCGUCAGCUGUUUUUUUCAGAGUUUGGUGGCUCUCUUUAUAGUGGAAAGUGAUAAAGGAGGGAUACGAAGUCCACAGAAAGUGCCUUUCCUCUCGAUGGUGCUGUCAAUUGAUAGAGAAAAUUCAAACGAAUCGACAUAAGAUCCCAUUCAAACGCAGGUUCCUGAGCAUUUUAUAUGCUUACUGUACAUGCCAUCUUUUUGUUUUCUCUUUAGGAAUGGCGACACAAACGUGCAUUUCAUGCAUUCAGACGGCGAGCACCCAAGUUGAACUCUAUGCCAAGUAAACUGAUGUGGUGGAGGUGAAGUUCUAGUAGUGCGUCUUGGACCAAUGGUGUUCUAGGUACAGUGGAUUGUGGGUCUGGGCGAGGUCAGGUUUUUUUUUUUUUUUUUUUUCCCCUUUGUGGGGUUGGGGCGGGGUCAUAUCUUGACACUAGUGUGGUGUGAUGCACCCCAGCCGAUGAAUGACAAACAUAGCACAGCACUUUAGAGACUGCCACUGUCACUCAGACAUAGCCAAGAGGUUCAAAUUCUGUCCCUCCAGUCCUUGUCCUCCAUUUGCGGAGCCAUUAAAGGGGUCUUACCUCAGUGGAAGCGAGGAGGAGAAGGGAUGUGUGUCAGCGGACAACACAGGUGGUCAUCAAGUGUGCCUCAUGCUUUUGGGACUGAGUUGGCUCGGUCGGGGGUGGCUUACCUUUCAGGUAGCUCUUUCCUCUGCGGAACCGCAGCCCGACUCUUUGUUACAGGAAGGGCUGGGUGUCAAAGUGUCAUUCUAUCUGCACAGGAACACUUUGAAGCUUUUUGAAUACAACAUAUUUGCACUGAUGAAUAAUAUUUUUAUUUGAAUACAACCUAAUUUCUCCACAAUUGGGUGCAAUUGAAAAAAAAAAAUGGAUCAGCUCCAGUGUUGACGUUGUUGAUGCCCAGCCCUAAAAGCAGCCCAAGGCACCCUUUUACCUUAGUGCAAUGCCCUGCCAUGUGUCUUGUCCCUGAAGGAAGGGUGUAUGUGCCCAGCAGUAUCAUGUCUUGAGCCAGUAUGGAAUCAACUGAAAACUGAGGGUGGUCUGUAGUUCUGGGGGUACCUUAUCAGUCCAGGGGGGGGGGGAAUUCUUUCUAUUACAGAAAAUAUAAAACAAAAAGAGAAAAAAAACACUGCACCUCACUUACCUUGGUAUGCUGCAUAUGUUAAACUACAUGAAAGAAAACUGCAAAUCGCUUUUAUUAUGACAUAAUGCUUGAGUAAUGCGUGAUUGCGAUCUUCCUACUCAGUAACUAUUUUAGAGUCGAGAUAGCUGUAGCUGUUAAAAAAAAAAGUAAAAGAAAUAAAAAUAUUCAGUUUUGUCUUAACACUUAUUCGAUUUUGAGAAAUUGUUCUUGAGCCGACUUUUGUUUUGUCCUAUUUAAAUGUGUUGUUCUCUAAAUAUAUAUAUAUAUACAUAUAUGAAAUAUAUGCGGAUUAUUUUAUGGCCUAUUUAUUGAGAGCGUAUAAGCGGCUGGAGUCUCCGCAUCGUUCUGCAGCACGCUGGGGGGCGGAGCACAGAGAAAGAAGCCUUUUUUUUUUUCUCUCUCUCUCUCAAAGACCCUCCCCCUCCAUGUUGACGCCUUAUUCUGGUAGAUGCUAAGCACAACAACAUGGAGGGUGGAGUACUGGUUGCUGGUGGAUUCCCACCGAGCUCCGGUCGUUCGUCCUCACCUUGCCCCCCGUCUGAUUUUGCCACCUAAGAGGACCGGACGCCACCUCCCCCUCCUCCCAUGUUGCAAUUCACCUCUGACGAAGGGAACUCGUUCUGAACCACACUGACCGGAGUGUCAAAAGUUGACAACACAAGCUGCUAAUUGGUACGGUAGCCAUAGAAAUUCCCCGAGCCAGUAACGGGACAAAUGGAGUUUGAUGGGGGUGGAGGGAAAGAUGAUAGAGAUUGUUUUUUUUUUCUCUGUCUGUUAUUGUGAUCCUUUUUGCAUAGGCUUCGCUUUUUUCCUCCUAUACAUUGUUUCCUGUGAAGUUUCAUCUGUUUUUGUGCCAGAAUAUUUCGCAGCAGGAACAGGUUCUCAUUCCACAAGAGAAGACACGCCUCAGCCUUAAAUGCAUUCUCCCACUUUGAAAUCUAUGUGACCUUACGAAGUCUGUGUCAGGUGGCCUACCAAGAAAACUAGCCUAUGUACUUGAUCUGCCCUGAGUCUCCAAACUGUUUCUACUCUCAUAAAACUUUAGCUUGAGUUCUCAAAAGUGUACCUUUUGGAACAAUCUUCUGACUCAUCUCUGCUGCUGUCGAGGCCAGAUGCAUGAAUAACUGUUUCUCAGAAAAAUCACGCAUGCAAAUUCUCUUAAAUCUCGAACACAUCUACAGAAUGCUCAGAACCAGGGAACAUUUGGUUUUUAGGAGCACCCAAAUAUGAUGGAGUCACCAGGUUCUCUGAUCAUUUUUUUUCCCCCCUCAACGACUCAAGUCUCUAAAUGUAAAAAUUCUCCCUUGCCUUCAUCUUCUCCUACUCCUUUUGUUUAAACAAGAAAUGCAAAAGAAAAAUCCUUAAAUGCUUUCUAAUCUGUUGGAGGGACUUGUGCACAUGCAGAGUCUGAUGCAUCUGGCCUCUGGAGCGGGUUAAACAGCCAGAGUUGUUAGUACCUCAGGACAGUUCAGAACCAUUCAAACCAAGUCUGCCGAAUAGGCUAAUUUAUACAUCUCACCUUGUGCGUAUAAACCUCUUGGUUGCCUUGUUAUCAAAGGCAAAUCCAAAGAACAAAUACAGUUUGACCUGGGCCUUAAAAGAACCAGAGGAGCCCCCAGUGUGCUAGAUCAGAGACCUGUGCCUGUUUUAUGAACCAACAUUUUUUUUUCUCCUUUACCCAGUUGAAAGAUCAGAGACAUGGACCUUUUUGAGUGUUCUCAUCCCGGUCCAAAGCAAAAAGACCGACUGUCCAAAAAAAACAAAACAACCAAAAACCUUUUUGGUCUAAAAAGUGUUUACUGUAAUGUUUACUCCCACCUGAAACCUGUGCUCUUUGCAUUUGCAUUCCAGCAGAUUUCAAACCAAAUGUUGCAGAUGAUAUUAGGCUCCUGACGCCAUUUCUUUUUCUCUCACACAGCGGUUUUUGAUGACAGAUUUUUUUGACAUUGGCCAGGGAUUUCAAACACUUUCUGUUCUCUGAUUGUUCAAAGUGUCUUUCUGUUUUCUUUGUAGCAAACUAAAGAUGACUGGCUCUGAUACCUCUGAGUGAGGCACCAGCAAGCAGCUGUGUAUGUUCAACAGUCAACACACGAUGAUCCACGUCUCAGUGUCUGUACUUUGCGAAGGCUCUGUUGUACCAACAGCUCUAUUCCUUUCAGUUAUAUUUUUCUUUUGUAACUCUCUUAGUUUGGCCUUUUUAGUGUUUUGCUUUGCUUCAGUUUGAAGUGUAUCUUUGACUAAUACUUGCAAUAAAAUGCUUUGCUUUACCUUU